AUGGAGCUGGAGCACUUUGAUGAGCGGGACAAGGCUCAGAGAUACACCCGAAGGGGCUCAAGAGGGAACGGGCUCCCCAGUCCCACUCAUAGUGCUCACUGCAGCCUGUACAGAACCAGGACGCUGCAAGCACUGAGCUCAGAAAAGAAGGCCAAGAAGAUUCGUUUCUACCGCAAUGGGGACCGCUACUUCAAAGGGAUUGUGUAUGCCAUUUCUCAGGAGAGAUUUAGGUCCAUAGAAGCACUCCUGGCUGACCUCACAAGAUCGCUGUCAGAUAAUGUCAACUUGCCACAGGGGGUGCGGACCAUAUAUACCAUUGAUGGGACAACAAAGAUCACCAGCAUGGAGCAGCUGGUGGAAGGUGAGAGCUAUGUGUGUGCAUCCAUAGAGCCCUACAAGAGGGUGGACUACACAAAGAAUGUAAAUCCCAACUGGGCAGUUGGUGCUAGGACUGCCGUGUCCAUCCGUGAGCCUUCUUCCCUUGGUAGCGCCAAGGGUGGAUACCCCGAAACCAGAGAGAGCAAGGACUUUAUUAAGCCCAAACUGGUAACCAUUGUCCGCAGUGGAGUAAAGCCUCGCAAGGCCGUCCGGAUCUUGCUCAACAAGAAGACUGCACACUCCUUUGAGCAAGUCAUGACCGACAUCACAGACGCCAUUAAGCUGGACUCUGGGGUCGUCAAAAGGCUAUACACUGUUGACGGCAAGAUGGUCUCCUGCCUUCAGGAUUUUUUCGGGGAAGAUGAUAUAUUCUUUGCCUGUGGCCCUGAGAAGUUCCGUUACCAGGAUGACUUCAACUUGGAUGAAAGUGAAUGCAGGGUGGCAAAGUCUGCAUCAUAUGGCAGGCUCCCCUCUUUGCAGGGUCGUUCUUCCCCAAGAGGUGGUGGGAUGUCCCGUAGGAGCAAAUCUCCUUCAUCCACUGGUUCAGCUAAUGGCACUGCAGGCAGUCAGCUGUCCACACCUCGAUCUGGAAAGUCUCCAAGCCCCUCUCCGACCAGUCCAGCUAGCCUCCGAAGACGUCAGGGGUCUCAACACAGUGGUUCCUCACUGUCUUUAGCCUCUACGAAGGUUUGCAGCUCCAUGGAUGAAGGAGACGGGCCUGGCAGUGAAGGUAAGACACAACACAACAGUGGAAAAAAAAGACUAUUUGCAACGGAGUCGAUGGAUGAGUACUCCUCAAUCCCUGCCUCCAUAGCAGAUAGGUACAAAGUGGGGAGGACUUUAGGGGAUGGAAACUUUGCUGUGGUCCGAGAGUGUGUGGAGAGAUCCACUGGAAGAGAGUAUGCUCUUAAGAUCAUCAGCAAAGAUAAAUGCAGGGGAAAGGAGCACAUGAUCCAGAGUGAAGUGUCAAUCCUUCGGCGUGUGAAACAUCCCAACAUCGUACUUUUAAUUGAGGAAAUGGACACGCAUUGUGAGCUCUAUCUUGUAAUGGAGCUGGUUAAGGGGGGCGAUCUUUUUGAUGCAAUCACCUCCUCUAACAAAUACACAGAACGAGACGCCAGCUGUAUGCUCUUCAAUCUGGCAAGCGCCAUCAAGUACCUGCACAGUCUCAAUAUUGUCCACAGAGACAUAAAACCAGAAAACCUGCUGGUCUAUGAACACCAUGAUGGUAGUAAAUCUCUGAAGCUUGGUGAUUUUGGCUUGGCUACCGUUGUCAACGGGCCCCUGUAUACUGUGUGUGGCACACCCACCUAUGUAGCACCAGAGAUUGUUGCUGAGACAGGGUAUGGCCUCAAGGUUGACAUUUGGGCAGCUGGUGUUAUCACUUACAUACUACUGUGUGGCUUUCCUCCUUUCCGUGGCAGUGGUGAAGAUCAGGAGGCUCUCUUUGAACAGAUUUUGAAGGCCCUGCUUGAUUUCCCUGCACCGUACUGGGACAAUGUGUCUGACGGCGCCAAGGCUCUGAUCACUGGGAUGCUGCAGGUAGAGGUGGAUCAGAGAUAUACAGCUGUGCAGGUGCUCGAUCACCCUUGGGUCAAUGAUGAUGGCGUGUCAGAGAACGAGCACCAGCUGCCUGUGGCUGGGAAGAUCAAGAAGCACUUCAACACCAGGCCCAAGCUCAACAGCACCACAGCAGGAGUGUCAGUCAUUACAACCACGGCACUUGAUAAAGAGAAGCAAGUUUUCCGACGAAGACGCCACCAGGAUGUGAAGCUCACUCGCCACCUCCCGCACAGUAUCGGCGCCGGCGCCUCCCACGGUGCCAACUUCGGCCUCUCCCCUGCUGAGUUCACUUCUGAGUCUGAAGACUAUUCCCCAAGUUCGGCUGACACUGUUCGUUCCCCGACCUCUCCGUUCUAACAGCCUUCCUGAGGCCACAGCACCAUCCACCCCUCCAUGGAAAAGUUGGAGAGAGGGUGGAGUGCAAAAUGGAAAGACCCAACAUUAGGUUCAGUCUGCUGACUUGGACAUUCACAGACUGCAUACUUACCUGCACCUAUUUUAUUUUUUCCCAGUCAUAAUGCUUUUAUUCCAAUUACUGAAUGCAUUGAUCAGAGUAAGGAACACGUUAGUCUCUGGAUCGAAGAAUACACCUUAAGAGCAUGCAACAAUUUUUAACAUAUUUUUCCUUUUCUUUCUAAAAAGCCACCGAACUGUUAAAGCCUUAUUUCCACACAGCAAACGCUGGUUCAUUGUAGUACUCUAGAGCCCUCUAUUGGUUUACAGUGUGUACUGCAGGAAAGACGACCUGCUUCAUGAAGCACUUAGCUUUUAUUGGGAAGUGUAAAUGCACUGCCUCUAAAUAUUAAUGAGCGUGAUUUUGUGAUAUGACAUGCUCAGUACCUAUCACUUAUCAAGCUGAUUUAGGCAAAAAAUGCUUGUUGAACAAUAACUUAUUCAGUACAACAUUAACAGUAACAGUCACCUUUCUUUUUUACUGUAUGACAUUAGAUUACUCUGCUGUGGUACUUAAGAUUCUGGAGCAUAAACCUUAGACACACAGUUUAAGAGGACUAAAGAAACUGAAAAGACAUGCUGCUAUAUUGUAACAUAAGCAUCAUCUGUACUGAACAGAUUGUUUUGUGUAGGACAAAUAUUGUCCUGCCACCCUGUAGCUUGCCUCUGUAAGAGAACUGAGGGCGCUAAUGUUUGACUGACAGGUGUCCAGCUCACCUGUGUGCUUGAGGAUGAUUCCUGAAACAGUAGUUUUGUCACAUGUCUGUGGGAGUGGUUGUAAUUCAGUGGUGGUACAGAUGAGUGUCAGUGAUGUGUAGUUGGUAGUAAGUGCAUGUUUAAAGCCUUGCCUUGGCACAUAUGGAUUUAAGUGCAAUUAGGUGUACUGCCCAUUGAGCACAGUAUUUUUAAAUUUGUCCUCCAAAAUGCUUGAAUGAGUGAGAACGGAUCAUUUGCAGGUGUUAUUGGCAGCCAACUGACCGCUUUUCUCUCUGGGGCAAGUAGCUCUUGUGUAACAUGGAUUUUGUUUCACACACUAAAAUAAGACAGAUUUUAAAUGUUGGUAAACACAACAGUGCUUCCAGUACAAUCAGUUAAUUUUAAAUAUUUGUUCAGUCAGUCAGCACUUUUUUCGCACUUUUGUAAUAAUCAGAUCAAACCUGAUGAAAUUUGGCUCACUAGACUGUAUGUACUGUAUGUCCUCAGACCACUUCAUACACCGGUUCACCAGAGACCAAAUAUUCAUGGUGUAAAUGUCCUCUUCCCUUCAUCAGAGACUGUAACCUGCAUGUGCACUAAUAUACAUCCUAAAUCAGUUGUUCUGGUCUUCUACUGUUUGAUAUACGCCUGUCAGAUAUGAAACCAUUUGUUGUCAUUGUACGCGCUGUCUUGGUGAAUGCAGUUCAGUUAAGGCAGACUAUAGUCAUACCACAGCUGAGUUAAGACUUGUACAUACAUAUUUUAACAGAAAUAUAACAUCACACCACUGAUUCUGUUCUAAAAGGGCUUUUAAGUUUUUGAUUAGAGGAGCGUGAGCCAAAAAGCACAAGGAAAGCAAGUUGUGAUAGUGACUUUUUGGGAAUGUGUUUGCUUUCAUGAACAUGUGUGUUUCCCAUCAUCUAAAAAAUAUGUAAUGUUUAUAUGCAGUUUGACAAACUGGUACUCAAUGACUACAGAAAAUUUCAGUGUGAUGCAGAUGGAGAAUGC